AUGGUUUUAAAUGAGGUGUUUGUUGUUGUGGCUAUAGUGAAAACAGAAGCAGAAUGUAUAUUGAACAUCAGAUUCUCUUGUAGAUCAAAGAGGGUGAAAACGAAAGUGGAACGGUGGCUUAUGAGUUUGAAAAGAGAGGGAGGUUUGUGUGUUGAGGGUGGUUCAUCUGAAAAACAAAGAGGAAGUGGAAGAUUAAAGUGGUAUUGGCCUUGUUAUAGUGGCAGACAGAAAUUUAAACAGAGAAGCGGAAGGUUGAUAGGUGAACAAAAGGGAUGGUGGAAAAUGAGUUUGUGGUUGUCUCGUGAAGGUUGA